CCUGAGGCGCAACAGCGCUGUCACGUAGGCCAACAGUGCCACUUUCAGCAAAGCAUUCUUCCAGCCCUCAGCUCCCAGGCUGUCAUUCAAUCGGAGCGGAUCGGCAUCAUUUCACGCCCAUCUUCGGUAAGCUAUCGGAGGUCGCCUUCCUGGACGGGCGCUUUCUCCGAUGCCCAACAAACGGCUAACUUUGCCUAUGGGUUAGACCAAAGUCCACCUGUUUGGACUCGUGGUCUCAUCCUCAGAAAUAGGCCCAACGGCGAUCAUCAAGCCCUUCAUGCUGAGAUCGGCUCGCACGCUAACUCGUGGCCUUCCAUGGAGCACUACUUGCACGCCGCCCAAAGACAGCAAGACUAUCAGGGGGACCAAGGUCGAAGAUGGAGUAUGGACGCUGUUCGGCGUCCUGACUACAAACGCAAGCGCUCUUCCGUUCCAGACGGCAGAUUGUCAUGGGAUCAUUCGGAAAGUGGACUGGGCUCAGCUCCGCUUGCGUAUCGUCGACCAGGAGGUAGCCAGAGUUCUUUGAGCCGAUCACGAUCUACAGAGGUUCUGUCACGAGGACCUCUCACGCCCGGUUCGACUUCAAGACGCUCACCAGCAGAAACAGCAAGAAGCAUAUCUUCGCGAUCCAAUCCUCCUGGCUUCAGGUCAGAAUGGAGCUUUGCCAACAGCUACGUCAACAGCCCUGCCCAAGAGCCUAGCACCUUGCCAGCUAGCCCUCAGUCUCGUUCCAGACCAUUGUCAGCAAGUAUCCCUCGCGAUUCCAUUCUGUGUAGCCCUCUGACCCAGCCACAAGCGUGGUACGCAAGUCAUCCAGCACUUUUCGAAGAAGACGACGCAGCAUAUCGCUCAAACACCCCAGCCACCGUCCGACCAGUAUCUGGUGCGCUUCAACCGAUAAUGGAAAGAGCUUCGAUGGAUCAAGAUACCUCCUUGGCCGACUCUAGCGUCUUCUUCUACGAUCGAUUCCGCUUCUCCGGCGUCUCGAUCAGCUCAGAACCGAUCACAAGUCAUCCGAAAGGUAGCCCCCCGCCGAUUGCUCGGGUAGACCCUCUGACAUGGCCAAGAUAUACUGACGUGAGCUCGCAUGGUAACCCUACCGCCGGAUUCAAGCCGAAAGAAUUGAUUAUCACACGCUCGCCUAGUUUCGUUGCUAGCAAAGAACAUCGCACCUUGUCACGAUCUAGUUCGGUCCCUUUGCUUAGCUUGGUACCGGCGCAGCCAGAAGAAAGGAUACAGCGAGAGAGGCAAGCCAGAGCCGAUCUCGAGCUGGCUAGGCCUCAAUCUUCAGAUAGAGCCUACCUGGCAUCGACUCGAAGCUUCUAUCAGGGGGCAGUUCCUGCGCAGCAGAGUUCCGAAGGUUCGACACUGGCGUUUGAUAGCAGCGAAAAGAAGCGCGAUUCGACUCGUAUCGACGAAACAACAGAGAUUGUCGGUGAUUCGGCUAAAUCCAUUCCCGUUCCAUCAAGUUCCGAGCUACGACACCAUCGGUCCGUACCUGCAGAGAUCCACAUCUUUCGGCCUUCGAACCUCGCAGCGCUUCCGGUCGAGGAGGAAGAGUAUGGCCUCGUCAGCAGGUUUGCGCGGGGCUCACCGAGCCUUUCACCGCCCGAAUCCGAUCCGACAACAUCUACGUUACCGCAGACUUACACAUCGACUGUACCUGCUCCACCGAAACAUUUCAAGUCUUCUGCUGAGGUCGAAGCCGAUCAAAGUCUUGGCUCAUCCUCACUCUCGGCCCCGCGUUCCACCGCGUCAGCAGCUACACGCUCCAGUGAAACAAUUCACCUGGUUCAGUGGCAAGUUGCGACCACAGACUCCGGAGGCAUGAGAGAGUCGGAGGAAAUAUUCCGACCGCUCGGCCUGGCUCACACUUUAUGGGGCGCUUCAAGUGAAACAGGGCUGAUCAUGGGAGCUCUUGCCUCAACGGCGGUGGCCGAGGAGGCCAAAUCGCGUCGAUCCACGCUGGAACGGAUGCCAGAGACGCCACUGAAAGGACCCGCCAGUGGGAUGGAGUGGAACAAGCGGCCGGAGUCAGAUGUUGGGAACGGCACAGUUCGUGCUCCAGCAACAGGCGAUCGGAUUGGUCUGGGGAUUACUUUGCCGAUGCCGAGCAUCGGUCAGGAAGCAUCAUAUGUCGGUUACCCGGCAAUUCAACCCAGUGAACUAAGCAUACAAAGAAAGUAUUACAGCGAUCAACAGGUAGAUCGGACGAAGACGGGGACAAUCCCUUCGCAACAGUUCGAAAAAGCUAGCCUGCCGAGUGGCAUGGAUCGAUCGGUCCUCGAACUCGAACUUGAGCACGGCUCGAUCGAUGGCCAGAAUAGAAGGCGUGCAGGGGAAGGCACACCGUUCCAUGACGGCACUAGAAGCUCUUCUCUGCGACGUCACCACCAGCAGGGCUCGGGUGUUCGAGCAGUGCACGUUCGACAUUCGACGCCUCGUCUCGACACCAUUGCUGAUCAUCCUGCAAGACACUAUGCAAAUGAUCCUACUGUAGAUGGACUAGCCACUCCUUCUCCAAAGCCUGAAAGCGUCGGUGUGGCUGGACGAGCGGAUGUCGAAGUCACGCACCGUGACACAUCUGGAUCCGCCAAUGGCUGUCGUGUCGGAAAACUUCAUCUUUGCUUCCUCGGAACGCCUCUGGCCAUCUUCCUCAUCAUCUAUCAGGCGCUCUUCUUCACGUUUGAAGCGCCGUAUCUGUGGAUCGCAAUUAGCCCGGCGCUGCCUCUGAUAGCCGCUGCGCUAUUUGUGCUGCUUGACGCGCUGAUGAUACAUGUGCACCUCGUCCGCGCUUUGCCUAUACAAAUGCUGCUCUGCUUGCUCACGCUGACGAUUCUUCUGUCUUACUGCAUCGGCAUGUCAGUUUUGAUGAUUGCAAAGUUGGCCGACUCACCGGAUAGAGGAGUGUCUGCUCCAGGGAUUCACUUUGACCGUGGCCGCAGCAGCGCAAGCGGUAAAGAUGCUGUGCAAGAGACAUUACGGGACAUGCCAAUGCCUUUGUUGCUUGCAGUAAUUGGCAUUCUGGCCACUAUCAUAGGUGCUGUUGGGGGCAUAUGGCUUUGGUGGACAUCGUUGCACCGUCGUCAACGCGAUGUAUAA